CAGUCUUCUUUCUCCGACUUAUUUCAACUCUUUCCUACAUCUUGAUAGAUCUGCUUGAAGCAUCAUACACACACAUACACACCACAUACACACGGGUUCACGAACGAAACGACAAACGAACGAAGUUGUACUGCGCCGGCGCAUACAACACCACGAUCACCACCACAACACAACUACCACACCCCUCAUCUCCCAACAAAAAGAAGCAGAGAGCAAGAUGUGGUUCCUCCUCCUCCGCAUCUUCAAACUGGGCUUCAGCGCCGCAAAGAAACACAAAGCCUCCAAAAACGCCCCCCUCGACCCCUCAGGCUAUCCCAUGUCCGCCCCAGGCACAACCACAACCACCAUCUCCACAAACAACAACAGCUAUCCCCCGCGCAGCCAAGCAAAACACUACCUAGAACUCUUCACGCACCUCCUGCAACUCGCCUUCGGGCUCACUGUCCUAGCGCUCUACGGCCACCACAUCCACACCCUGCACAAAGCGCAGCACUCCGCGCCGCCGAAAUUCAUCUACGCGAUCGUCGCGGCCCUGCUCGGCUGCUGCACCGCGCUGGUCUACCUCGUGCUCAUGCAGUAUGUGCUGAAGACCCGGGUGCCGGUUGCGCGGCGCGAGCGCUGGCAGCUGCCGAUGUUUGUGUGGGAGGUUGUGCUUUGUGUUGUUUGGUUGACGCUGUUUGGGAUCUUUGGGGCGGAGUUUUUGUCGAAGGGGGAUAGUGAGGAUGGGGAGGUGGUGAGGAUGCGGAGGGCGGUUUGGGUUGAUUUGGUGAAUCUGGGGCUUUGGGUUUUUACGGCCUCUUGGAAGGGAUUCCGGUGGUAUUCUAAUUUGAAUAGGGCUGGUGGGGGUCAGGAGGAUCAGGGUGGGGAGAAGGAGGUUGAGUCUGUUUGAUUUCUCUUUUUUGAGGAUUGGGGGUUGAGGUUCCGGGGAGCUGAAGGGAGAGGGGUCUUGGGUUCUUCCCAGUGUUAACUAAGA